GGAAGCGGAAGUAGGACAGCGGAAGCUGCGAUGUCUCCCGCUAUGGCCGAAGUACCGUCGGUUGCGGCGGCAUCGGUGGCCGGCUGCCGGGCGCGGGUGGCGCACCACGUGCUGAAUCAGGUGGUUCUCCCCGGGGAGGAGCUGGUGCUGCCGGAGCACGAGGACGCAGACGGCCUCGGCGGCGCCGGGGAGCAGCCGUUACGUCUGAAUGCGGGGGCGCGCCCGCGGCUGCGCGUAGUGUGUGGCCCGGGCUUGCGACGCUGCGGGGAUCGCCUGCUGGUCACCAAGUGUGGCCGCCUGCGUCAUAAGGAGCCCGGAGGCGGCGGCGGUGGCAUUUACUGGGUGGACUCGCAACAGAAGCGGUAUGUACCAGUGAAAGGAGACCAUGUGAUUGGCAUAGUGAUCGCUAAGUCUGGAGAUAUAUUCAAAGUUGAUGUUGGAGGGAGUGAGCCGGCUUCUUUGUCUUACCUGGCUUUUGAAGGAGCAACUAAAAGAAACAGACCAAAUGUGCAGGUUGGAGAUCUCAUCUAUGGCCAGUGUGUGGUUGCUAAUAAAGACAUGGAACCAGAAAUGGUCUGUAUUGACAGCUGUGGACGGGCCAAUGGAAUGGGUGUGAUUGGACAGGACGGUCUGCUCUUCAAAGUGACUCUGGGCUUAAUUAGAAAGCUUUUAGCUCCAGAUUGUGAAAUUGUGCAGGAACUGGGAAAACUCUAUCCGUUGGAGAUUGUGUUUGGAAUGAAUGGAAGAAUAUGGGUCAAGGCAAAAACCAUUCAGCAGACUUUGAUUUUGGCGAAUGUCUUAGAAGCUUGUGAACACAUGACAACAGAUCAAAGAAAACAGAUCUUUGCCAGAUUGGCAGAAAGUUGACACGAACAUCUCUUUAAUGGCUCUUUUAGUCAAGAGUGAGUUUCUUGGGGAAAUCUUUUUUUCAGAUGAACCUCUUUGUAUCAGAUCUUCAGAAGAUACAUAUUGUCUUUCUAGAAUCCAAUAAAAUAUUUUUAUAAGAAUUA